CGGCGGUACGAGUCACCGGCCUCUGGGAGACUGUGCCAGUGCCCAGACAUCCGGUCUCCUUGGACCCCUCAAGCGCUAGCCCUACCGCGCAGGGUGCCCGGCAGCACCAGCCAUCUCGGCCCGGCUCUGAUGCUGGCCUCUGGUAGAAGAUUGCUCACAGCUCUGCUGCAGGCUCAGAGGUUGUGCUGUCAACCCUCCAGAGACAUGAGACUGGUGCAGUUUCAGACAUCCAACCUGACGGGACCCCACCUAGGCCUGGAGUCAGGGAAAGGUGGGGGAGUCAUCAACCUCAAUGCCUUUGACCCUACACUGCCCAAGACGAUGAUGGAGUUCCUGGAGCAAGGUGAAACCACGCUGUCUGUGGCAAGAAGAGCCUUGGCUACCCAACUGCCAGUCUUGCCACGGUCAGAGGUGACCUUCCUGGCCCCCGUCACACGGCCAGACAAAGUAGUGUGUGUGGGCAUGAAUUACGUGGACCACUGUAAAGAGCAGAAUGUGCCUGUGCCCAAGGAGCCCAUCAUCUUCAGCAAGUUUGCCAGCUCCAUCGUGGGGCCCUACGACGAGGUGAUCCUCCCACCUGAGAGCCAGGAAGUGGACUGGGAGGUAGAGCUGGCCGUGGUGAUUGGAAAGAAAGGCAAGCAUAUCAAGGCCACAGAUGCCAUGGCUCAUGUGGCCGGCUUCACAGUGGCACAUGACGUGAGUGCUCGUGACUGGCAAAUGAGACGCAAUGGAAGGCAGUGGCUGCUGGGAAAAACCUUUGACACUUUCUGCCCCCUGGGCCCUGCCUUGGUGACCAAGGACAGUGUGGCAGAUCCACACAACUUAAAGAUCUGCUGCCGAGUAAAUGGAGAAGUGGUCCAGAACAGCAACACCAACCAGAUGGUGUUUAAGACAGAAGAGCUGAUAGCCUGGAUCUCCCAGUUCGUCACUCUUUACCCAGGGGAUGUGAUUCUGACAGGAACGCCCCCGGGUGUUGGUGUAUUCAGGAAACCUCCUGUCUUUCUCAAGAAAGGUGAUGAAGUCCAGUGUGAGAUUGAAGAACUAGGGGUCAUCAUCAACAAGGUGGUGUGAUGGCUCCUACCACAAGCCCUGGACUUGCCAGGGGCACCUGUUGGGGAGACCCCGGGGUAGCCAUGGGCCAGUCCCUCCAAGCCUCCUUUUCCUGGUGAGGGAGAGGAGUUGGAGCACUUUCUCAAUAAACCUCUCCAGCUAAAGCAA